AUGAUUCGCCGAUCACGAAUCAGCGUCCGGCCCAAUGUUAGGCCGGCAGGCAGAGCAGCUGCACCGGCCAGUGAUGGACCGCAGCUCUCUCAGGAAAAAUCUGAGCUACCACAAACUUCCACUGACAAUGUCCAGAUUUCUGCAUCAGAGGUGAAGACAAACUCAGCCGUAAAAUCACCAGAGAAGAUCUGUGCCAGUUCCUCUGAGACAGCAGACAAGAGCAACAACCAGGGUACUGUAACAGAUGCUACCAGCACAACAAAGAAUGAGGGAACUCAAAGCUGCGAGGCUUCAGUUUCUACAACUGCUCCAGCCUCUGGGACUCAGAGGAGAAAGCGCUUCACAGUCUUGCCAAAUUUGGCUAAACCAAGAGCUGCCCCGGCCCCCACCCGCACCUCUGCCAGGAUACCCAAAUCUCCAAUCAAACCUGUGACUCCUGAGGAACCAGUGAUCUCAGCAGCGCCGAUCGCAGAUUCCAUUCCAAAGACCCAGCUGCCCACAGAAGCCAAAUCCCCUCUGGAUGUUAGAGCUUCAGGCAGACGGAGACCCUCUGGAGGCAAGCAUUCCAAAGCUCAGUCCAAAUCUGUAGAUGCUUCCUUGGUCAGGCAAAGUGCAGAGGCAGCCACUCAAGAUAAAGGGGCUGGACCACUGGACAUAUCAGAGUCAACCAACCAGAAAGCAGAAUCAUCGACUUCCUCCAAAGCUGUCCUAUCAGAGCCCACUUCGAUUAACCUGCCUCAGGUUUUGGAGACUCCAGCAUCCCCACUGGGAGAGGAAUUACCCACAAAAGUGCCUCCAGAGAAAGAUGCCCUUGCUUUAACAGAGAAAACUCAAGCCAGUUUGUCCCCUGAGAUAACCCCACUCAUGCUGUCCUCUUUGACUUCACACACGCUGAAUGAUCCCUCAGACCUCCUUAGGCUGGCAAAGGCCAGAAAACUCAGAGAGCUUCUUAAGAAGGAGAUGAACAAAGACAAGGGCCACAAACCUAAACUGAAAAAGAAAGCAUGCAAAUCCCCAAAGGAUCACACGAAGAUGACAAUGAGAGAUCUCAUUUACUACCUGCCUGAAAACAACCCGAUGAGAUCUUUUACAGAUGAGGUGCAGAGAGGUACAGAGACUAUAUUACCAGCCUCACCAAGAGCAGGCUCUCCUGAUCAUACAGCUGAGCCAGAAGAGACUGGAGAAGCAGAUGGUGGAGAAAGGAUAGAGGAAGAGGACAGGGCAGCCCCCGGUGCUGAGCCUGAUCAGGAGGAACCACUGCUGGUGCCAAGGGUGAAGGUGGCAGAGGAUGGCACACUCAUCAUUGAUGAGGAGAGCUUAACCGUGGAGGUGCUUAGGACAAAAAGGCCCAAUCCAGCAGAGGAGAAAGAUCCCAUCUUUGAAAGAGGAUCAACCACCACUUACUCCAGCUUCAGAAAGGGCACCUACACCAAGCCCUGGUCCAACAAAGAAACGGACAUGUUCUUCCUCGCCAUAAGUAUGGUGGGGACAGACUUCUCCAUGAUUGGUCAGUUGUUUCCUCAUCGAGCUCGCAUUGAGAUUAAGAACAAGUUUAAAAAAGAGGAGAGAGCCAACUCCUGGAGGAUAGACAAGGCUUUCAAGGAGAAAAGGCGAUUAGACUUGGAUUUCUUCAACAGCCUGUUGGAGAAGAUCCUAGCAGAGGAGGAGAAGAAGAAAAGACAAAAGAAGAAGCUGGAAGUCAAAGUGCAAAGAGCAUCAGAGAAAACUCAGAGAGAAAAUAAACGAAAGGAGCUAUCCUCGGGGUCUGAGGAGGAGGACGAGGAGGAGGAGGAGGAGGAGGAGGACAGCGAUGCGAUGGAAGGAGAAAAAGAAAAUGAAGACUUGCUGAAUGAUGGAAGGAGCACCCCCUCACCAAAGAAACGCAAAAAAAAAUCUAGAGAGGAUGGAGAGGCUUCUCCAAAGAAACGCAAAAUUACGAGUGAAGCAGCUGAUGUUGAGAACAUUGAAGAGGAUGAGUUUUCUAUCUCUGACGAGCAGUUGGCGCAAGAGAGGACAAAUAUGUCCGAGUUGAGCAAUGGCCAUACUGUCAAAGCGGUGCAGUUUAAAGGCUGGGCCCAGAAACCUGUCCCUAACCUGGACCACAGGCAGGGGAAGAGGGGCCUGACUCUCCAGAAGACAGGCCGGAGUAUAGUCACUUCAGUGGAGGAAAAGACUGAACUUUCUAAUAUGUUGGGUGGGCAGAAGGAACGGAGGGAGGCUGCUGGUUACAUAGCCCUUAUGGAGGAAGAGGAUGAGCCUGAUGUCACAACCGUGCAGGAACACAUUCUGAACAAGCCCACCAGGUCAGGGAGAAUUCCUAAACUGUCUAAACAUGUAUUACGCGCCACAGAGGAAGAGGAGGACGAAGAGCUCUCUCCACUGUCUCCCUCUGCAAAGGGUCAGGGACGUGGCUCCAAGGGCCCAAACAGAAGAUCCAAAAUCAAACCAGUCCCCACUCAGAACCAGGAUAUGCCCAGGAGGGGCAAGUCCAAACUGGUCACCUUACGGGCUUCAGCCACAGAAGAAGAGGAGGGUGAGGAAGAGGAUGAGAUCUCAGCAUUGGAGGAUGAUCGUUACUUGACCGACCCUGAGAAGCAGAACCAGGCGCCAGCCUUCGUGCCGCUCAGUCUUCGUUCAAGAACGCCAGUUGACAUGGAGGUGGAAGAGACCAUGGAGGAGUUGGAAAUCUCUGUGAAUGUGCCUGAUGGUUCAGCCAUAUCUCAACACGGUUUGGGCUCCGAUGCCACGUGUGAGCGGGUGCACAUGCCUGUGGGCAUUGUGCCCUGUGAACACCAGCUGGACCUCCUUGUUGAUGUUAUUGAGUACAUGUGCCCAGAGAACAUGGAAGUGUCCGAGGAGAGCUAUAACGAGGCAGCCAGGACAUUACUGACUAUCGGAAAGUCAGCCCAGAAAAGCCAGGAGGCAGGGGAGCAGACGACAGAAGAGAACGAUGACAUCAUUGUCGAACAGACUUCGACCCUUGUCCAUCAAGAAGUUGUACAUCAGGAAGAGGUUGUCUCAGAGACAAUCAGUCAGUCUGAAGUCCACACUGAGGCCUGUCAGGUGGUGCAGCGUAGCCUCUCUGAUAGUGGUGUGUCCGACCUAGAUCUCGUGGUUGGCGGAACUAGCGUCCCAGAACAUCUACCCCCCCCAGAGGACUUGUCCCAUGUACAGGAGCCAAUCAGGACCCAGGAUACUGUUAUUAACAACAGUGCAACCACUGAUGGGUCCUCUGUCAUCUCAAAACGAAACAUUCCACAGUCAAGAAGGAAUUGUUUACCCAAAGCCAAGCCCAACCUUGGUCAUGGUUCCAGAGUCAUGCGUACACAGACCAAACAGAGACUGAGUGAAUCUGGCAACAGUCAGUCAGAGAAUGCUGAUGUGUCUCAACACGUGAUACACACAAGCAAAGAAAGUACACCAGAAGGCCCUGCUACUGCUAGUAUUUGUCCAGAAGACUCUGUUCUAGAAAAUUCCAAAACUGUUCCCACUUUGCAGUCACAGUCUGUCACGUCACAUACUGUAGGAGUCAGGAGUGAGAAAGGACAAGAAGAUGCGGAAGAGGAGAGGUUACAGCUGCCCUCAACACACAGCGCUGGUGAUUCUCAGAUCGUUCCCUCCAGUUCUGAGUGUUUAAUGCAGCCUCCACCUCCAACCAAGAGAACACGUCUGCCUAGACCCAAACCCAACGUGGGCUGUGCUUCCAGAACCAUAUCUACACGCAAUUCAACAGAACCUAGCACAGUAAACAGUGAUGAAGAGGUUACUGUGGAAGCGAUUAACAACAGCAGUUUCACUGCCACUCAGGCACCAGUAGGAGGAACUGCGGACCACAGUACAUCAUACGUCUCUCAGUGUGAACCUGACAGACACACAGAAAUACCUGUAACUACAACUCCAGCACAGCCCAGCCCAGAUGCUCUAACAGAAAAACCCUCUGGAAAUGUAUCUGAGAAACUCUCUGGGGGCAGAUUGAGUGAAGACAUGAGCAGCGUUCUGGAGGAAGUAUCAAGUGGCAAUACAGAGGACGUGACUGGAAGCGACCCUGCAGCCGUCUCCGCUGAUAUCUCUCUCCCUGCUGUCAGCACCUCGGAUGAACCAGUUUUUAUUCUUUCCCUGACUGAGAUCCCACCCUCUUUGGUAGAAGAGUCAGAGGUUGUGACAGAGCUCCCAUUUACAGCAACUUCAGACUUGCAAAGUGAACCACACACUGAUGGCAUGAAGGAGACAGACCAUGAGAAGCUAUCUCACGCAAUCGUCACUGAUACCCUUGUUUGUUUGACAGAGGACGGGAAAGAGGCAGACAAAAGAAAAGGAAGCACAGCGGAGCAACAUGUGGAACCAUCAUUAAUCUCUGGUGGGGAGAGGAAGACAGAGGAGUCAAAACAAGAAGACAAUAGGAGGAAAUUAACUGAGAGGACAAGGAGAGCUAAGAUCCAAGUGAAACCCAAUCCAGUUUCAAGAAGAGGUAUUCGUAGCGUUCAGUCUAAAGAGAUUACUCCACAGUCAAGUUCAUUUAAGGAAUCUGCUCUACCCAUCAUUCCAUCCCAGAAGACUCCGCCCUGUGCUUCCUUAUGGGAAAGUGCGGCACUUUCCAUAUCAUCAGAAAGAUCAGCGCAAGAAUCCACAACAACUGAUACAUCAAGACAAGAAUCUUUAUCAGCUAUCUCAGCUCACGAGACAACGCCACACGCCAUAUCACAGCACACGGUGUCUCUAAGUGUCCAGACGUUAUCAGAGCCAAGCUGUCCUGCAACCACCCAGUCACAGAGUACCAGUCAUACAAAAGCACCAGAAAAUCCUGCAUCAGAGGAGGUGUCAGAAAGUGCUGUGGGUCAAAGAGAUCCAUCAGGUCGAGCAUCAAAUGUCCCUGUGAUUGCAGGAGAUUUAGAAGCCGGUGGAACAGGUGCAGAAUCACAGACCGUCCCUCAGAUUACGCCUCCGACAACAACUGGCCCACUAACCAGGCCUGGGAGACGACCUCGGGGGUUCCUCUCUUUCAUCUCCAAUAAGAGCACCCAGGGGGCCAAACCAGUCCUGCAGAGACCUCAGAUCAGCACGUCCCGUCCAGAGAGGAAACGAGCUACACCUGUGCCGUCAUCACGACACUCCAGGCUCAACCCUUCAAGUGCCAGCACUCAACCUUCUACCUCCAAAUUUGCACCUGCUUCAAAGACAAGUUUUACUGAAACGCCCCGUUCGAGUGCAGAGAAGGACGAGGAGCCGACCAGUGUAUCUGAGUACUUUUUUAAUGACAUCUUCACGGAGGUGGAUGAUCUUGAAGAAAUGGACUGUUGAGGCUACAAGAAAGUGAACAAAGGAUGGACCGCUGUGGAGACAGCUUCCAUUAAGACCGUAUUCCAUUAAAGCUUAC